AUGGAUUCCUGUGUACUUCAGUAUCAGAAUAUUCUGUGCGAACACUGUUUAGGUCCGGUGGCCGGUGGUCUCACAACAACCUACGGGUGCCGUACUGGUCUGGGAUUACUAUACUUACCACAAGUAAUGAUAGUUACGUAUUGGUUUGACAAACGGUUAUCAUUGGCCACAGGGAUAGGUGUUUGCGGGACUGGUAUAGGAAUAGCUAUAUUCGCGUUACUGUCCGAUCACUUGAUAGAGACGUACGGCUGGAAGGGAGCGAUGCUUCUGCUGUCGGGCCUUAUGUUCAGUUGUAUCGCCUUUUCGUCGCUCUUCCGGAAAGUGGAUUACAUGGAGGAGAAGAGUCACCUCAAGACAGCCCUCACUGAGACCUUUGACUUCCAUAUCCUUACGGAUGUGGUGUUCACAGGAAUGGGAACGGGAGGGGAUGCCGUCAAUCUCAUGGUGUUCUUCGGUCUCUCCAACGCUUUCGGCAGAGCUUUCUUCGGAUAUAUCGCAGACUUUCCAUCACUUAAUCGUAUUAUACUCUACGGUCUGUCUGUUCUGUCAUACGGUGUGGCCAUUGGUUUGAUCGCUGCUUUCGGACAAAACUAUACACUUCUCCUGUUCCCGGGCACCGAUUGGGAUACCCAGAAACCACUUUCAACACUACUGACUCAGUAG